AUGUCGUCUCCCAACGUAAUUGUUAUCGGCGCUGGACCGUCUGGUAUUUCUAUGGCGCAUACGAUGAAGCACAAGCUGGGGUUCACCGAUUUCACCAUUUAUGAGAAGCUCGACGGAGUGGGCGGGACAUGGCGCACAAACACGUAUCCAGGUGUUGGCUGCGACGUGCCUACAAUUCUGUACUCGUUUGCCUUCAACCUCAACACAAAUUGGUCCAAGGAGUUGUGCGACGGCCCCGAGAUCUUGGAGUACAUGGAAGCCACCGUCGAUAAGUUUGACUUGCGAAAGCACAUGGAGUUCUCUAUCGAGUGCUUGGGCGCGAACUGGAACGAAGAGACCAAGAAGUGGGAUGUGCGCUUCAAGGAUCUCAAGACAAAGAUUGAAUUUGUGCGCUGCGCUGCGGUCUUCAUUUCCGCUGUCGGCGGCAUCUCGUAUCCCAGGGACGUCAAGUUUCCAGGGAUGGAGAAAUUUAAAGGGGCCAUGUUCCACACAGCUCGUUGGGAUCAUUCAUACAACUACGAAGGCAAGCGAAUGGCCGUUAUUGGAAACGGAUGCUCAGCAGCGCAAGUCGUCCCCGCAGUGGUCAAGGAUGUAGCGUCAAUCAAACAGUAUGCGAGGUCGGCGCAAUGGUAUCAUGAGCGACCAAAUCGGAACUUCAGCAAAGCUGAAACAUGGGCGUUUCGCUAUAUUCCGCUAUGGGAGAGAUGGAAAAGAUUGCAAUUGUUUCUGGAGAACGAUGAUCUUGUCACGACGUACAUGCCUGGUGCUGAAGCAACAACAAAGCGUGCCAAGGUCGAGGACCAUGCAAAGCGCUACAUUUUCUCACGGGCGCCGAAAAAGUAUCACAAUGUCUUGGUUCCAAACUUUCCGCUAGGUAAGGAAUGCACAAACUCUCAAGCACCGGCCUUGCUAACAAUUGAUCUGUCAGGCUGCAAGCGUCGCAUCUUCGACCCUAAUUACCUCGACGCUCUCAAUGAACCAAAUUUGGAACUCCUACCUGAAGGAAUCCAAGAGUUUGACGAGACAGGCAUAGUCAGCGAGUCAGGAAGGAAGGAGGAGUUUGAUGUCAUAGUCCUAGCAACGGGCUUCCAAGUCCAGCGUUUCCUCACUCCAAUGGAAGUCUUCGGUAAGGGGAAGAACCGAUUGAACCAACAAUGGAAAGAGCAGGGUGGCGCACAAGCUUACAUGGGAACUUUCGUGCACGGCUUCCCCAACUUCGCUAUUCUGUAA